GCUGCUUAGAGUGCUUAGCUGCUUGGGUGAUUUUAAUAAAACGACAGUUGAUUUUAAGAAUCAGACAAGCCAACAUGUCAACUACUAAAACAACGCGCAAAUGUCGCAAUCUUAUGGAGGAGUUCAUACUCGACAAUAGUCAGUUGCUCGAGAUUAAUCGAAGAUUUCUGAACGAAUUGAAUCGCGGAUUAUGUAAACGGACGCACGACCAAGCAGAUGUAAAGUGUUUCGUAACAUACGUUCAGGAUUUGCCUACGGGUGAAGAAAUUGGUCGCUACAUGGCCUUGGACUUGGGUGGUACUAACUUCCGUGUGUUGCUGGUGACCUUGAAGGCACAUCACGAGGCAGAUAUAAAGUCAAAAACCUAUGCUAUAUCCCAGGAGAUUAUGACCGGUCCGGGAGUGCAGCUAUUUGACCACAUAGCCGAAUGUUUGGCUACGUUUAUGAAGGAACAGGAUCUGUUAGAGGACCAUCUUCAUCUGGGUUUCACAUUUUCGUUUCCCUGCAAGCAAGUUGGACUCACAAAGGGAUACUUGAUCCGCUGGACAAAGGGAUUCAACUGCCCUGGGGUUGAGAACGAGGAUGUUGUGGAGUUGCUGAAAGAUGCUAUCAAACGACGAGGUGAUAUUUCCAUAUCAGUUGUUGCGAUUCUUAACGACACAACAGGCACCUUGAUGUCCUGCGCGCACAGAAAUAAGAACUGCCACAUUGGGGUGAUCAUCGGCACCGGUUGCAAUGCAUGCUAUCUGGAGCGAGUGGAGAAUGUAGAAUUAUACGACGGGCAGCCGGGCAAGCCUUACGUCAUUGUCAAUGCGGAAAUGGGUGCAUUCGGAGAAAGUGGUUCGUUGGACUUUAUCCGAACGGAUGAAGAUAAAAGCAUUGACAGAGCGUCAAUGAAUCCUGGCAAGCAGAUCUACGAGAAAAUGAUUUCGGGCAUGUACAUGGGUGAGAUAGUUCGAUUGGUUCUUCUUAAGGCCAUCGACAAGAAACUGCUCUUCCCCAAUUGUGGAAAACAACAAUUACAGAGACUCGCCAUGUCUGACAGCUUUGAGACGAGAUUUGUGUCGGAAAUUGAAGAAGACAAAGAAGGCGACUGGACUAAUUGUAAAAGAAUUCUCACCGAUUUGGGCUUAUCGAAGCAGCCCACCAACGACGAGUGCGCCGAAGUGAGAUACAUUUGCGAGUGUGUAUCGCGAAGAGCAGCCCAUCUAGUUGCAUGCAGUCAGGCUACAAUGAUAAACAAAAUCAAUGAAGGUCACUCGACUGUAGGCGUCGAUGGAACAGUGUACAGACUUCAUCCAAAAUUCAAUGAAUACAUGGAGGAAAAGAUGAAGGAAUUGGUUAAUCCGAAUAUUAGUUUUGAUUUGAUGCUUUCCGAGGAUGGAUCUGGACGUGGUGCUGCUCUAGUCGCUGCCACUGUCACUGGUUGAGAUGGAGGCAACAUAAUUAUGAAGAAGUGCGUAGUUUAAUUUUGUUCGUUUUAAUGUUCGUUUUUUUUAACAAAUACAAGAAGUUAAUUAAAAAUG